AUGGCGGAGACCGGAGGUGCAUCACGCGAGUGUCACCGUUCUACGUGUUACAAGUGUAAACAAGGUUUUGAUGAUAUUAAGGGAAUUAUCGAAUGUACGGAGUGUAACGAGUUUUUCCAUGGAAAGUGUGAAAGUGUUGAUCUAAGAGGAUUCCACUUAAAAAAAACAAGUUGGAAAUGUAAAACAUGUACUGACAGUAGCAACAGACCCGAGAGAUCGAGGAAAAGAAGCCGAGUUGAGGAUCUAUGCAUCGACCAAAACUUGAUAGAUCAUAUGAAUUGUACCUUAGACCUAUUAGUGAGUAAAACUAAUGCACUUAAUGAAAAAGUUGAUAUACUGUUGGCUGAAAACAUCAGCCUUAAAGAAGAAAUUGCAUAUUUAAAAAGUAUGCAAGUAAAAAAUAAUAUUGUUGAAAAACGGGUGUCUGAGAAAGCCUCAUAUGCAUCGGUCACCCAAAGUAAGGUCUUAGUUGUUAACCAGAAGGGCGCGAUUCCAAAGGAUAUUAAAAAAAUAAAGGAAGAUUUAAAAACAAAAGUAAAUCCAACAGACAUCGGAAUCGGUGUAACACUGGGGAGAGCAACAAAGAAAGGUGGAUUAAUCUUAAACUGUGGCACGGAAAAAGAAAUUACCAAUAUCCAAUCAGAAAUUCAAAGCAAACUUGGUGAAAGUUAUAGUGUUGAUAGACCCAAAAUGUUACAAAGACGUAUUAAAGUGGUAGGUGUAAAUGAAAAUGAAAAUGUGAAUAGUGACAGUGAUAUAAUAACAAAGAUAAUUCUGAAAAGCAUGAAGAAUGUCGGAGGCGGAGAAAAUGGAAUUUCAAAAAAGGUUUUGUGUGACGUAUGUAGUGUGGCUGGAAAUCGACUUUUAAAUAUAGUAAAUACAUCACUCUCAAGCGGAGUAUUUCCAGAGGCUUGGAAAGUGUCAACAAUAAUCCCUGUACCAAAAGUACUAAAUACUAUUUCCCACAAUGAGUUUAGACCAAUAAAUACUGUGGAGGUUUAUGAGAAAGUGUUAGAAAUUGCUGUAAAAGAACAACUACAAGAAUACUGUGAUUCUAACGACAUUUUCGUGAUAAAUCAAUCAGGUUUUCGUGAGCGUCACUCAUGUGAAUCUGCUGUAAUUAAUAUAUGCGAUACCUUCUUAAAAGAACUGGAUAAGGGCAACUUUGUUCUGGCUGUGUUUCUCGAUUUUAAGAGAGCAUUCGAGACUGGAAUUAAUCAAGGUUUGACCCUACUUGCCGAAACUCGAUCGGCGAGAGUGGCGUUAUGGAAACCUCAAGAUACGCCCCGGAACGUGCCCUCGCCUUAA